AUGCUAACCAUCGCACAAAAAGUUGGACUUCUGGACAUGCUAAAGGAAGGUAGAAGUUACGCGGCUGUAGGGCGCCAUUACGGAAUAAAUGAAUCUUCGGUUCGUUGCAUAAAGAAGGAGGAAAAUAACAUAAGGACGACAGCAGCAAUAAGUUUCAACAAGGAUGCAAAAAGGGUUGUAACUGUCCGCAACAAGACCAUCGUAAGGAUGGAGUCUGCUUUAGCUUUGUGGAUCAGUGACUGCAGGAAAAAGAACAUUACGCUGGAUACCAACAUUAUCCGCACAAAAGCUAAAAAGCUUUAUGAAACUUUUGCUGACAGCGAUGACGUCCAUGACAGCGAGGAGCAGGAUGAUGCGGAGCCCAGGCCAUCGACGAGUGCUUUUCACGCAGAACCAAGCCCAUUUAAUGCCAGCAAGGGCUGGUUUGACAAAUUUCAGAAACGCUUUGGACUUAAAAGUGUUUCACUGCAUGGAGAGGCCGCCUCUGCGGAUACCGCUGGAGCAGAGGCAUACGCGAACAACAAAUUUAAAGCGAUCAUCGAGGAAGGGAGAUAUAAGCCUGAACAAGUUUUUAAUAUGGAUGAGACAGGCUUAUUUUGGAAACGAAUGCCCUCUCGCACCUUUAUAAUGCAGGACGAAGCCAAAGCCCCAGGAUUCAAGGCCCAAAAAGAUCGCGUGACUCUGGUUAUGUGUGGAAAUACCGCGGGCUUUAUGAUAAAACCGGGGCUUAUUUAUAGGUCAAAAAAUCCAAGAGCCCUAAAAAACAAAAAUAAGAAUGCGUUGCCCGUUUACUGGAUGCACAACGCAAAGGCUUGGAUUACAAAAGCGCUCAAUCUGAAUUGGUUCAAAGAGUGUUUCAUCCCGGAGGUCAAGCGUUAUUUGAGAGGAAAAGGACUAGACUUUAAAGUGCUUCUGCUCGUAGACAACGCCGGAGGCCACACUGAUGAUUUGUCGUAUGAUGGUGUGCCAAUCGAAUUUCUGCCGCCAAACACUACAUGGCUGAUUCAGCCCAUGGACCAAGGCAUCAUUCGCGCUUUCAAGGCUCUCUAUACGCGCAACACCCUGCAACAUCUUGUUGAGGCUAUGGACUCAGAUCAAUAUUUCUCACUAAAGGACUACUGGCGUGAAUACACCAUUGCAUCAUGUCUCCAAAAUAUUCAGAGAGCCAUUCAGGAGAUGAAAACUGAAACUUUAAAUGCCUGCUGGAAAAAAAUGUGGCCAGAGGCAGUGCACAACCCUACCGAAUGCUCUCUUGAUGAGAUCCAUCACUCUGCGGUAGAUACAGCUGUGAAUCUGGCUAAACAGCUUGGGGGAGAUGGCUUUAAUGAUAUGACUCCUGAUGACAUAAUGCCCUGA